CUUAAACAAAUCAAAAAUAUGGGUAGUGAGACUCCUCCAAGACUUCCCUUUGUAGAUUUUUCGAAAAUUGAUCAAGACAAUAACACUCUUGAUUGGGAUUUAACAAAAUCGCAAGUCCAUCAAGCUCUAGAAGAAUUUGGUUGCUUUGAAACAAAGGUCGCUAGUAUCUCGCCGGAGCUCCAGACAUGCAUGUGUGAGUCAUUGCAACAACUAUUUGAUCUCCCAUUGCAAACCAAACUCAAAAACCGAUCCUCAAAGCCCUUUCACGGCUAUGUUGGUCAGUACCCGCAAGUGCCACUCUAUGAGAGCAUGGGCAUUGACGACGCACCAAUUCUUGAAAAUGUUGAAAGCUUCACCAACAUUUUGUGGCCUGAAGGCAACCCAAAAUUUUGUAAGACUAUACAAGAGUUCGCGGAGAAACUACAGAAACUUGAUCAAAUGGUGAGAAAGAUGGUGUUGGAGAGUUUGGGAUUGAAUAAGUACGUCGAUGAACACAUUGGUUCCGCCAAUUAUUUGCUUCGCGUCAUGAAGUAUAAAGGGCCCCAAACAAACGACUCAAAACUAGGAUUAAAUGCUCAUACAGAUAAGAACUUUGUUACGAUUUUGCAUCAAAAUCAAGUUGAUGGGCUGGAGGUGCAAACUAAAUCAGGAAAUUGGAUCAAGAUUCAGCCUUCUCCGGAUUCCUUUAUUGUCAUGAUUGGUGAUUCCUUUUAUGCAUGGACGAACGGAUUGUUGCAUUCACCAUAUCACCAAGUGAUGAUGAGUGGGGAGAAGGCAAGGUACUCUCUUGGAUUAUUUUCCAUACCGAAGGCUGGUUAUAUGGUUAAAGCACCCGAAGAGCUUGUGGAUGAAGAACAUCCCUUACUCUUCAAGCCAUUCGAUCAUGUUGAGUUUCUUCAAUUUUACUACACAGAGGCCGGGCAAAGAGCCCCAUCUGCUCUGAAGGCUUAUUGUGGUGCAUGAAAAAGCUAUAUUAACCAAGUUUGUAUUAUGGGAAGUGAUAUUCCUACAACAAGUUUUAGUUAUCUACAACAAAGGUAUAAAACUUAUU